AUGGAAAAGCUUGAGGCAAAAGAUCGAGAACGAAGGGAAUUUGAACUAGCAGAACUUCAUUCACUGGAACGGAAGUUUUUGUCCGCACAGCAGUGGAAAACAGAUGAUAGAGCACAUGCAAAGUGGGAGCAUUACCUCAGUUGUGAUGGAAGUCCUGACCCAACUGUACUGCAGGAAAUAAAUACUUUCAUGAGUUUAUGGCGUGAAGAUCAAAAUGAGGACAUUCAACUUGUGAUGGAGAAGGGAGAACAAGUGCUAAAUUUAAUUGAGAAGUUGCAGUUUAUUUUAUUGGACACACCACCAAAUGAGAUAACAGAAAAAGAAACAGUGCAGUACCAGGAAUCUAUUCUGGAAUUGCAGAAUCUACUUCAUCAGAAGUACAAUGGAGCAACAGAACACCUGCUUAAAACAGCUAGUAUGUAUGAAGAUUCUGACACUGGAAAUAUGCAGGCAGUCAUAAAGGAUAAAAAUGUUACUUUUUGUAUUUGGGCCAAUCUGAAGAAGAAAGCAAGGUUCAAAAAUCACAUAUUUUAUGAUACACAGCAUGGAUUUGAUCUUCCAAAGUCACUGGCUAUGAGCAGUGUUGCUGUUCGCAUAUUGCAUACUUAUUAUGACCAUGUAUCUCCACUUUGGCUGCACUGUCAGAGUGUGCCAAAACUAGAAGUCUUAGAUAGCAAAGAGUUAACUCAGCAUUCAAAAGACAAUGUAGAAGAACCAGAAGAAGAGGAAAAGACAGUCAGAAAAGAGCCCAACAUGCCCACUGAAGAAGAAACAUGUUCUGAUGGGAGAAAGAGUAUCUCAUUCAAAGAAAACAGCAAUAGCAUAGCUGAUAUAAAUGAGACAGAGGAGGAAAUUGAGAAGAAAUCAGAAAUCUUGGACAUACCAUCACAAGUUCAGGAUCCACUGAUGCAGGAAGAGACGAAUGAAAAAGAAGAGGCGAUAACUGAUGAAAACAUUGUUGAUUUGCAACAGUUUGUACCAGUGGGUGGUGUGUACCACAUUGACGUACUGCAGCUUCCACCUCAGGUCAAACAAAUUAAGGACUGGAGUAUGGUGGAGUUACUCGAUGUUGGAUUGGAGGCAUACCCAUAUCCCCCAGAAGAGGCUGAAGAUGCCACACAUCCACCACUACAGAUAACCCUUAGGCUUUUGGACAAUGUGAUGUAUUUUGAGGAUCCUGUGAUAGCCCGAUGGGAUCCUGCAGGCCAACAGUGGAGAACUGAUGGCAUCAGCAACAUAAUGUACGAAACACAAGAAAAGAGUAUCACCUUUGAGAUGGGUGCCUUUUAUACAAUCGCACUUCUCCAGGAUGCUCAUCUCAACAUGCCAUAUCAGGCAUGGGAAUUGCGACCUACUGGCACAGACGAAGCUCUACUUAUAGUUACUACAGUCUUUGCAACAAUUCAGAUACAAAUUAAGGGUAAUCAGUGUAUGUUGUCUUCAGUACUGGUGGAAGAGAAGGAUGUGCUUUCCCAUGUCACAGGAAAAUGGAUAAGUCCAGUUGACCUAAGAGCAGUUUUGAAAAAAGCUGGUGUGAAUAUUUUCCCAGGAGAGUAUUCUUACAAGUAUGUCUCUGUGAACAAGAAGGCUGCUGUAGCAGAAAUUAGGGCAUAUCAACAGAUGGCACUGGUUGCAUCUGCUUUUGCUUUUGCCUGGAGCAAGUGGAAUCUAGAAGCAGGUCAAGAGCAAGUAGUGUUCAAGGUAAGUGAGCAUCUUCAAGCAGAUUCUGUCAUAGACAAAGACUGGUCUCUUUACAUGUUUAAUGGUCAGAAAGCACAAAAGCUCAAGAUCACUGAAACCAGUGAAGCUUUUUCAGAAGAGCUAGAAGAAGAUUCUGAAUUUCACUCCACACUUUACCAUAUGCUUAAGGACUUUGCCAGCAAAGAAGCAAUUGAUAAAGUGGAAACAGCUAGCUUCUUGUUUAUUGAUGUUGUAUAUCAGCUACUACUUGCUACAAGAGUUUUAACAUACUCUUAAAUACUGCAUGCUUUCCUUUAAAACUUUAUUACCAAAAGCUUUCAAUAAAGUUACAUUUCAAGUCUU